UAUUCAGUCGGUAACGGGAAAGUCGGCCGCUGCGUAUUUUUGUGAAGCGAGUUAAAAAUUAGUGAAACGCUUUGCGGUUUGAGGCAAUAUUGUAUCAAGAAUAGGGAAAAUAUAGUUUAAAUAUUCAUAUUUUUUCACAAGUUUUCCUCAUUAAAGUUUAAACAUAUACAAAUGCCACGAUCGGCUCGGUCUAAUCUUUGGGCCAUACUACUUUAUGCUCCAUUAUUUUGUAUUCGUUCCUGCGAUGGUCACGGAAGGCUAAUCGAACCGCCAAGCAGAGCAUCGGCGUGGCGUUAUGGAUUUCAGACGCCGCCAGACUACAAUGACCAUGAACUUUAUUGCGGCGGCUUUACUCGACAAUGGAAGAGAAAUGGUGGAAAGUGCGGUGAAUGUGGAGACGCGUGGGACAUGCCGGAGCCACGGCCUCAUGAAAACGGUGGACAGUGGGGGCAAGGCGUGAUUGUCCGAACCUAUUUGCCAGCCUCCGAGAUGACAAUUCGUGUGGAAUUAACUGCCAGCCACAUGGGGUAUUUCGAGUUUCGGUUAUGUGAUAAACCGGGUGCCAAGCAGGCAUGCCUUGAUAAAAAUAUCCUGCACAUACUUGGUGGAUCACCCGCGCAGCCUAGUCCUGCAGAUAUGGACACCCGCUUCUAUCCUCGAAAUGGAAGUCGCAUAUAUGAAAUCAAAGCACGUUUACCUGAAUUGACAUGUACUCAAUGUGUGCUGCAGUGGCGCUACGUUGCUGGGAACAAUUGGGGCAUGUGCAACGAUGGUAAUGGUGCAGUUGGUUGCGGUCCCCAGGAGGAGUUCCGUUCGUGUUCAGAUAUCGCUAUAACCCUCGAUGCGCGACCUCCUGUGCGGACGCCUAUUCGGCCUGUGUACCCAACUUUGACACGAUCUAGUACGAAACGGCCAACGACAAAUGAAUAUGAUUCAGAAGAGACUGAAUUUAAUUAUUCGCUUUUAUUAGUGCUAUUAAUUAGUCUGGGACUAGUUGUAUGUGCCUUUGCAAUUUGGUACUUUUUUAGACGAACAUUUUGUAAUUUCAAGGAGUGUAGGAACUCUGUUUCGCAGAAGCUUAGAAAUAAUAACAAAACGAAUGCGUCUUUUGAAAAUGCUGUCCACAGCCGCAUCUUUAAACCCCUUGAAUCGCUUGGCUUUGGGGCUAAAGUUGCCAACAACUUCAAAGGUGUUGAGGUGGAUAAUCCGCCCGUUCCCCCACCGCGGACAAAACGAGACGGAAGGAUACGAGAAUUGUCAGCCAAUGCCUCAAGCGUAGCCUAGACAGCCUAGCAAUUUCACUGAAUUGAGAAUUGAGCAAGUAAUUGGUUUCCCAACCCCUUCACCAUCACCAUUUGAUAUUCAAUUACUAACUCAAAACAAGAUCUAAUAUUUUGUAUUUAUUAUCCUUAGAUUUUCU